UUUUUUUUUUUACAUAUAUAUAAUAUAUCCUCCUCAAAAAUGCCUUCCAUUAAAAGUUUAACGCUGACGUACGACGCGCUGAACGAGGCCGCGUCGUUUUCAGAAGGAGAUACGAUCACCGGGAGGGUGACGCUGGCCUUACUGAAGGAGACCACCGUGGAGGGUCUGUUUGUUAAAGCCAAGGGGGACGCCAAUGUCCGCUGGACACACAAGAGCGGCGAUCGCACUCACACGUACUCCUCACACAGGAGAUACUUCAAACUCAAGCAGUUUUUAAUUCCAGAGGACACCAACGAAACCGUUUUGCGAGCAGGGAACCAUGUCUAUAAUUUCAGCUUCAGGAUACCAAGAGAAGGCAUGCCUUCAUCCUUCAAGGGCAGUCAUGGAAAGAUUGUUUACUGUCUGGAAGCAAAGCUUUCCAGGAGUUGGAAAAUGGAUACAACGGCCUACAAGGAGAUCAUUUUUGCGACCAAAGCAUUUCCAAAUUUUCAAGCCCUCAUGUCUCCACAAGCUGGUUCAACAAGGAAAGAGAUCGGGCUUUUCUCUAAAGGAAACGUCAACAUGGACGUCACCAUUGACAAAGGGGCCUUUGCUGCAGGUGAAACGAUUGCAGUUGUCGCAACAAUCAACAAUUCUUCUUCCAGCGAAAUGACUCCGAAAUUCACUUUGCAACAGCAGAUUGUGUACCGUGCCAAUGGUCACACAAAACAGGAGUCCAACAAUGUCCAGAAAGUGGCUGACAACUGCAUUUCAUCCCAGACUCAGAAAGAGGUCAGGUGUAUGUUGAGGAUCCCAAAAGAUCUGAUGAUGACGAUCCACAACUGUGACAUUAUCUCAGUGUCUUAUCAUUUAAAGGUAUCCCUGGACAUCAGCUUUGCUUUUGACCCAAAGGUUGUGUUCCCAGUGGCCAUUAUCCCUCGUGACCUUGCCCGUGGCUGUCAGAAUGGUCGGGCUGCCAGCCCUUAUCCAGCUGGUGCCGCCGGGGGCCCAAGUAACAGCGACUUCCCUGCCCCUCGAGUGUUUAUGGGUCCCUAUCCUACAGCUCCACCAGCAGGAAGUUACGGAUACGCAGGAGUCCAAAGUUAUUCAGCACCACCACCUGCAUAUCCAGGAAAUCCACCUGUGUACCCUGGUCCAGCUGGCGUGUACCCCUCUCAGCCUGCUCCCGGAGCUGGGGCCUAUGCUCGCCCACAGGUGCCAUACCCCUACGGAGACCCAUUUACAUCACUGUCUUCAACACUUCACCCACCGCCCACUGCCCCAGAGUUUGUCCCACAGGCGUGUGCCCCCACAGCGCCACCAAGCCAGCCACCGCCUCCACCAGCUCCUACAUACAACUCCGUGCCUUCUGCACCAAUGGCCAAUUAUGAUUUCCUGUCUCAAACAGACGAAGCUCCUCCAUCCUAUGCUUUGCUGUUCCCGUCUUCUACACCUGAUGGAAAUUCUACAUCUGAUGCAAAAUAGAUGAAAUGAUGCUUACUGACAAUAUAAAAUAUUUAAUGAAAGUGUACACUGAAAUGUAAUUAGUUUCUUUUUUUUUUUUUACAGUAUGAGUUUAAAGUAGAGAAGUAAUGUAUGUAAUAUGAUUGCAAGUAUUUAGACUCUAUACAUAUAUAAAAAUAGACUUUUGCACUGUGUGAUGUUUUUCUGGUCAAUUCAGGUUGCCUUUUGGCUUCAUUUAGCUGCUAAUGUUACUGAAACCCUAAUUGCCUUGUUCAACAUUCAAAGUGUUCUUUAUCUCGGCAUUAUUUUAUAUUCACUUACUCUACCUCGCUCUUCUGUGUAGAGAACAGUUACAAGAAAACAGAUACAUAUUGUAUCCAAAAUGUAUUGUUUUACUAAACAAAUUAACAAAGAAGCCAAAUAUUUCUUACUCAAUACGUUUGAGUCUCUUCCACUAAAGAAAAAGAAAUUUCAAUUUCCUGAUGCUUUGUGACUAAUAGACUUUAUUAAAGAUCUGUUGAAUAUC